CUCUACAACGAUCACGACCCUCCUGCAUUUUAACCGGCGCGCUUUUUCUUUCUGGUCCUUUUCCUGGUCUUUUACCCACACCAAUUUGAAGGGAACGAGACUACCAUCAUGUCCUCCGAACCCCCACUGCCUACACUGCCCCAACCAAUUCCAGCCGUUCCUGCAGCAUUCGCUUCAGACCUACGGGUCUACUACAACAAGGAGACCGAAACUUGGCGUUACGAAGAGGACGAUGGGACAGAGAUGGAAUAUGACGUCUCUAAAGGCUCAUGGAUGCCUCUUGUCCGUUUGGAGAACCUAUAUUCUUUCUACCCGACCUCUCUAUAAAAACCUAUACCUUCUUGACUUGGACAGGUUGACGAAGACCUCAUAAAGAGGCAACAAGCCGCUUACUCCGUUGCUGGCGUUGACGAAGCGGUGCGUGUUUGUUCCUCUUUGCUCAGUCUUGUUGUCUCCGCCUAUUGAUUCCAGUCUUCUUUAUUCAAAACGAAACUGUUGGAACUAGACACCCGCCGCACCCGUAUUGGUACGCGAAAACAAGAAACGUAAAGUCGAAGACUACACAUCCGCUACUCCAAUGGAAACUGGUCCCACCACUGUGAAACGCAAGAAAGAAAAAGAGCUCGGAGAACGCAAGUCCAAGAACACUGCCGUCUACGUUACUGGUUUACCGCUGGAUGCGGAAAUGGACGAGAUUGUAAAGUGUUUCUCCAAGUAUGGUGUUUUGGAAGAAGACGACGAAGGCGACCCCAAAGUCAAGAUGUACGCGCGAGAUGAUGGUUCAUUUAGCGGGGAAGCUUUGGUUGUUUAUUUCAAGGAGGAUUCUCUUACACUGGCGGUCAGCCUGUUGGAUGAGUUCGAGUUGAGGUUGGGCGACCCUUCGAGUAGGAUGAGGGUGACAAAGGCGGAUUUCACGCACAAAAACCAAGCUGGCGGUGGCGUGGGCGAUCAUAAUCAACCGAGGAAGACCAUGAACAAGAAGAAGGCAACGAAGAGAAUAGUCAAGAUGCAGAAAAAGUUGGAAGAGUGGAACGAUGAGGAUGGAUUUGGUCCUUCGAUCGAGCCAGAAGAGGAUGUCAACAUGGUCAACAAAAACAGCCGUGUAGUUAUUUUGAAGCAUAUGUUCACUCUCAAGGAACUAGAAGAAGACGCGUCUCUUCUUUUGGAGCUCAAAGAGGAGGUUCGAGAGGAAUGUUCGUCAUUGGGAGAGGUCACAAAUGUUGUUCUAUACGACCAAGAACCCGAAGGCGUGAUGACCGUCAAGUUCCGGGACCCAAUCAGCGCACAGGCGUGUGUGUUGAAGAUGAACGGAAGAUUUUUUGCUGGUCGGAAGGUAGAAGCAUCACUUUACGUUGGCAAGCAAAGGUUCAAACUGAAUAAUGCUGGCGAUGAAAUCGAGGGAGAGGGGGAAGAAGCUGAGAAGAAACGCCUGGAUGACUUUGCAAACUGGUUGAUGACUGAGGGGGACUAAAGACUUCUGCUUGCUGGAUGGCGCGCCUUCGUUAUUUCAGUUAAGGAUUUAGGGAGAAACCAAUGUGUAACGCUGUAUCAGCAUUUGGUCAUGAAUAAACGAGUACUCAGAACAGCAU